CAAAGAGUACGGCAGGCUGAGAGGCAAGGGUGGGUGGAGGUCGACCUCGUAUCGAUUGAUUGUCUCUUCUCGAUCGAGGUUCCUGGGGAAGCUGCAGAACUUUGUGGCCGCCUCUGACCCAUGCCUGUCCGGUGGUGAAUCUCUACGUGACACCGCAUCGAGGAGAAGAAGCAUGUCCGCCUCGUAACAGUCCAAAGGAAGCGGACCCGCAGCUGGAGGGAGACGAAGUGUGAAACCGGUCAUGGCCCAUGCCACCAGCUUCCAGUACGAGCGAGUGGCGGAGAUAGGCGGCGGUGCUUACGGGACGGUUUAUAAGGCCCGUGACACGGAGAGUGGUCAAUUUGUGGCUCUGAAAAGCGUGCGCGUCCAGACAGACCAUAAUGGCCUCCCCAUCUCCACGGUCAGAGAGGUGGCUUUGUUAAAGCGACUGGAGCAGUUUGACCAUCCCAAUGUGGUCAGGCUCAUGGAUGUAUGCGCCACCCAGAGGUCAGACCAGGAGACUAAAGUCACUUUAGUCUUUGAGCACGUAGAGCAAGACCUCAAGACAUAUUUGGAGAAAGCCCCAAGUCCAGGGUUGGGCCCCAAACGCAUCAAAGACUUGAUGAAACAGCUGUUGUGCGGUCUGGCAUUCCUGCACUCAAACCGUGUGAUGCACAGAGAUCUGAAACCGGAGAAUAUUUUGGUAACCAGCCAGGGUCAGGUGAAGCUGGCUGACUUUGGUCUGGCGCGCAUGUACAGCUGCCACAUGGCCCUCACUCCUGUGGUUGUGACACUGUGGUAUCGGCCUCCUGAGGUUUUGCUCCAGUCGAGCUAUGCCACACCUGUGGACAUCUGGAGCUCUGGUUGCAUCUUUGCGGAAAUGUUCAAACGCAAACCCUUGUUCUGUGGAGAAUCCGAAGUGGAUCAACUCGGGAAAAUCUUUGAAGUGAUUGGCCUGCCAGCAGAGGAGGCGUGGCCAGUUGGUGUGACACUUUCAAGAAAACAUUUCCCCCCUUCCCCGGCUCGCCCAAUAACAGACUUUGUUCCAGAGAUAAGUGAGCAAGGGGCGCAACUGCUGCUGGAAAUGUUAACCUUUAACCCCUCCGAUCGAAUAUCUGCCCUGAAUGCACUAGAUCACCCGUAUUUCCGCAAUGAGGAGAUAUUGACUGAGACAAAAAGCUGAGCUGCCGCAAUAGAACACAGUAACGAGAGAGGGAAUUUUGACCACAGGAUUUCACACCCAAGGAGUUCCACCUGUGCCCUGGGAUUCUUUUUUUCUUAUUACUUCAGUAUCAAAAACGAUUGGAAAAAGAAGGAAUCAUGUUGAAGAGGAGCAAACUUAUGGAUCACUGCCAUACUUUUCCAAAAUGUAAAUGUCACACUUAUUGAUGAUAACAUAUCAUGACUUCAUUGUUUCUGCUGUCAGUCCCUCGGCAUUUAGUUAUAGCCUCCACAAAGUGACAGAAUCGACAUCUUUGUUCUGAGCAAGUCUUUAGUCAAAUGAAAAUGCACACCCUGACAUCAAUAACCUUCUGUCAUUUUGGAAAAAUGGUUGGCAUUACUGGACGAUUGAAAAGGUGGAUUUCAUUUCAAUUUCAAAGUUGUUUUUGUGUGUGGAUAAACCUCAGAAAUCAACCUGCACUGCCACUACAAAGGAAUAAAAAAACUUUA